AGUGUGAGAUCGUCGACCCAUUAUGGCAGCAUCCAUUGCAGCUAUCUGUUUGAAUUUUGAUAGGUUAGGUUAGGGUCAGAUUCAGAUUGGCUAAUGUUUACUGUGCACUGGUUAGUGCAACUGUCACAAGUAAAAACACCAUUUUAUUGUGUGAUUUUUACACACAAGUUUUCCUGUAAUUGAUUGACGUGUCAAAUAUUAGAAUUAUCAAGUUACUUCCUCUAUUAAAGAUUAUUUAAAACAUUGCUUAUUAGGCCUAUCUUAAUACAUCAUUACAAUUUGAUUCCGUUCUUGAAAAUGUCACACAAUGUUAAAGUCUGUGAUAUAGGAGAUGAUGUAAAAGAAGCAUUGAAAAAAUUUAGGUUUAGAAAGAGUGAAACCAACGCUGCUCUAAUAUUGAAAGUGGACAGGGAAAAACAACUUAUUCGUAUUGAGGAUCUAAUUGAGGAUGUAAGCCUCGAUGACCUGAGGGAGACGCACCUACCCAGCCACCAGCCUCGCUUCGUGGUCUACUGCUACCGCAUGGAGCAUGCGGAUGGCCGAGUCUCGUUCCCCAUGUGCUUUAUUUUCAUCACACCAAGAGAUAGUCAGAUGGCAUUGCAGAUGAUGUAUGCUGGCACCAAAUUAGCACUGCAGAAGGAGGCAGAUCUGACACGUGUCUAUGAAGUACGUGAACUCGAAGAAUUAACUGAAGAGUGGUUGCAGGAGAAACUGAGCAAAUAGAUGUCAUUUUCGCGAAUAGAAUUUGCUUCUAGCAUAAUAUGUGAGCAUCGCUUCUAGAUGAAUGAAAUGUAUGGAGUGUUCAACAUAUUGAUUAUGUAAAUUCCAAAGCUUAUAAUUCAUGCUUAAUAUUAUGGGACCAUUUCUAUUAGUACCGCAUUGGAAUCAUCUUCUUUGAAAUCUUGUCAUUCCACUAAAUUCAAGUCACAUUAUGGUACAAUUGAGUGCUAACUGCUAAUAUGUGAAUAAGAGUGAAUCUAUAUCAGUGCAUUUAUCAACUCAUGAUUUCUUCUCUUUUGUAUUUUAUGGACUAACACUUUUCAUAUAGUAUGUCUCAUUUAGAAAGGCAUUAUUUUUCAUGAAUCAGUGAGUAACUCGCUAAUACAAAAAAAUACAAGAAUCUAUCUUGAUAUUCCUACCAAUAACUGCAGGAUUUGUUUGAAUUAUCAGGUAUCUAUAGUACAAAAUAUUUUUCAAGUAUUUUAGACUGUGUUGCAAGCAGGUUUCCAUAAGAUAUUGUGAAGUGUUUCUAGUAUUGCUUUACAGUAUGAAUAUAUUGUUUUAUUAAAAUUGAAUGUAAAUUACUUUAGAAUAGAAUUUGGAUAACUUUGAAUAAUAAAUAUUCAAUGAGAAGAUUUCACGGAAUGAUCUUUCAUAAUUUCGAUAAUAAUAAGUUAUUUAUUUAUCAUAAGUAGUAAAAAUAUACUAUUAUUAUAGUGAUAUAGACCUAUUAAAAUGGUAUCAACUAAGUUAUGUGUUUAACUUAUGUGUUUAUCAUGGAUUGUAGUUAGAAGGAAAGUUUUUCUAAUAAUUGUAUUUUAUUGAGAAACUGAUAUUGAAAAAAGAAUUGUUAGUAUGGAACCUGAUUGGUAGGUAGGUAGGAAACUAAUUAUUAAUCCUGGCUGAGAAGGUUUUUCAUCUGUAGGUGGUCUAGACCUCUUCAUCUUUUGUCCGAAAUCAUUGAUACUUUGAUCAUUGAUAAAAAGAAACAUAAAUUGUUUGUGAUGUAUUAUGAAAAUUACAAGAAAUUAAUAUAUUCCACGUAUGUAUAUUGAAACAAAAGCUCUCUGUUGAACAAUAUAGCUUGGUAUGAUUCUACAUAAUUUAUUCGAUGUCACAGUAUUAUAGCAAUAGUGAAUCUUAUUUGUUUGAUAAAAUAAUCUCCAAAAUUACCAGUAGAUUUGUUACCUUUUAUAAAUAUGCCAAGUUCACUCAUGAGUUUUUGUAUUUUUAUAAUAUAUUAUACUUAAUAAAGCUUUUAUUGCAACGAUAUUGCUAUAAAUAUUAUAAUAGUCUAUUGAAUUUCCAUUUAUAAAUCCAUAUUAGCCUACAGAAUACUCAACUAAUUAUUAAAUACUUUGAAGAUAG